AUGUCUUACUGGGUGCAAUGGCUGUGGGAUACUCUGACGGGUUCGAAACAGCCAAACGUAAAGUUUUGCGAGCCGUCUGCACCCACCAUUACUCUUGACGAUAUAGACCACUUCUAUAAGAGUGGUCAGUGGGAGAAGGCAAGGCUUGGUUGCCUUGAAGAAGAUGGUCUUGGCGUAUUCGGUCAUAAUGUCUCCCGGAUGUCCGAAAGUGUCGCGGUCAAAUGCAUGGACUGGCGGGACAGACAAUUCGAGCCUUAUACGAUGCGCCUCAUUUCCACUCAAACUUCGAUUCCAACUCCACGAGUACAUGAAUGCCUAAUUCGCGACAGAACGAUGUUUUUUGUUAUGGACUACAUCGACGGCGAGGAUUUUUACACUCUAUGGCCCAACCUCAGCCUGUUUGGGAAGUGUCGAAUCAUGUGGACCAUACGCCGAUACAUUCGAGAAUUACGCACGUGGAAGCCUCCUGUGCCCGAUAUACCGGGUCCAGUCGAUGCGACUGAGAAGCCUGUUCGCUGCAUUGGAACCGAAUUUGGCGAGGGUCCGGCGGGACCGUUCAACUCGUAUGCGGACCUUUACGAUUGGUUCGAGCACAAGCGCGCUCUUGCUGUAGACAUGGCUAAAAAUUGGUUCCACUAUGAGCUAGACGAAAAGAAGCUUCCACACUUCGACUCCUCUAUGCCAUUGGUGUUCACUCACGGCGAUAUCAGUAUGCACAACAUACGCAUAUCGCGUGACGGUACCGUCUGGCUACUCGAUUGGGGUUCUUCUGGGAUGUAUCCCCCAUAG